AUGGUAGCCUUAAGAAAUAAUACGAACCAAGACCAGGUCAACGAAGCAGUCUCUCAUUCAUACAACGUUCGUCUGUUGUUGGCGGACCAUGAACCUAAUACAACCUCUCAGGGGCUUGCAGAGGCACUAUUGCGCUUUCAGGAACUUAUAUAUCUUGACCUGUCUUAUACCACUCCAGCUCGGGACUGUAGUGUUCUAUCUGCUUUGUCUCAACUGGAGCAUCUCCAGGUCUUGAAACUACGGGGCAUUGGGUUAAGAGAUAGCGACGCGGAGUUCUUAGCCAAUGCUAUCGGCCUGAGAGUUCGCUACCUAGACCUGCGGGAUAAUAGGCUCACUGAUAUGGCCGUGCGGUCUUUACUGCAAGCUUCUUUCCUAUCACCAGGUAAUCCUGCAGUCAGUCAUCCGAUAGCUCCAGGGCCAUUCGCUCCAGCAACUUCACUAUCGACUAAUUCGAAAUGGCUCAGUUGUCCUACAAUAGAUGAGCAGUUUAUGAAAGCGUUAACACAACCCUUGACAGGUCGUUCAUGGGUUGAGGGCGUGCCACAUGUGGGUAUCACGCAUCUAUAUAUUGCAGAUAACCGGAUUACAGUCGAGGGUGUCGCAAGCCUUAUAGCUUCAUACCGACUUCACGCUCUUGAUGUAGGAACAGUUGAUACGGCCGAGUCGAUUCGGGACACACGUAUGAUAUCAUCAUAUCACAAAGACCCCCGAAAGCUUCCUGGCGCCGAGAAAUUGAUACCAAUUCUGGGCUCUGCCGCAAAAGAGAACCUUACCUACUUACGUGCUCAUCAUGCAGUUUGCACCGCUGAUGCUCCUUGGAAAGACCCCGUAUCAGCGGAUGUUUUUGUAGCUGAACUUCCAGCCGAAAGUGAAGAUCAAACUCAUGAGCUAGACGCCGCGAACGUGAUCCACGAGCUCCCCGCAGAAGAAGCUCCCAUUUUUGAGCUUGCGGGGUCACCAGUUCCAGAGGAAUGGAGAACAGGCUUUCAACGUUCCAGAGAUCAUACACAGGCGCCUAUCCGUGAAGAUGAGCCAUUGCCCAUACGAAGACGAGGUUCUGUUUUUGCCCCUGAGGUGGUUGAGACUCCUCAUAUCAGGACCGACGGUGAUGCUACACCUAUUACCGUUAGUCCGCUCCAUACAGCUCAAGCUCAAGAAGGCUUAAUCCCGACCGAGUGGGAGUUCAACGAGAACUCGGAAGUGUCUGGUACGAUCCCAAGAUGUGCAUCUCCAGUGAUGAUGGACGAUCCCAAAGCCCAGAAAAUCCAAGAACUCGUGUCAAAAAGACCAAAGAAUUACAUACUCCCUCGCAAAGAUAACAAGGAGAACAAUUUUCCGUAUCUGCAUCCUUCUUUUGUCCCCCAUCUUGAGACAUUGGUCUUGACUGAUGUUCCGUCUCAUGUGCCCGCAAACUCACCCAUCUUAAGGUCUCUAAUCCGCUUUAUAACGGCCUGCUCAAACGAGGCGUUGCUGGCAACGCUCCAAGCAGGAUCAGACUAUUCGCUUCCUCCUGGUCGAGCUCGAGCCAGAGCUGAACAAGAACGAUCUCGGUCUCUAUUUGCUCUACGGCGCUUGGUACUUGAAGUGACCCCUGUUGAGAAAACAACGGCUAGAUUAACUGCGUGGGAAUCAACGAGCUACCAACAAGGAGCUCCAAAGUCAAGCACCGGGGAUCGAGACUUAGAGAAACUGUGGACAGCAGCAGCGGAUGACUUCAGUUUCUUUGGUGAGGACGAAUGCGGAGUCCCGAACCAUGAUCCAGGGAGGUACUUCCCAAUGGCCGCUCUCAACGAGAAAGUCACUUUGAUCCCAGAAGAUGAUGAUUCUGACAACUCAGAGAAUUCAACGCCGGUUACUUCUGUGCGGACAUUGCUCCGUCCGGAUGCUCCCUCUUAUGGCAGCCAUUCUCGUCCCUCUUUCAUCAACUCUGGGCCAGCGCGGAAUGACGACGGUGUGGUUUCGCCUCAAGCUGAAGCUCCAAAGGUUGACCUUGUCGCGGAAUUGGCCGCUUUCAGGCGUUCAAAGAAAGCUGAAUAUGAAGAUUUGUUGCGUAGGGACCGGAAGAGAAGGAGUACGAUAGGCACCACGUCUUCGCUUCUCUCCCCGUCGGGGUCGUUAUCAUCAUCCGGGCCGUUGUCGCCUUCUCCAAGCUUGUCCACUCUGGCAGCAGUCUCGGCUCCUCAAAUGGCCAUGUCCCAUUACGUGGAAGGAUAUUGGAAAGGUGAAGUGAAGAUUGUCCGAAACCCCGCACCCAAAGGACGGAGUGGAGUGGUUGAUAUAUACCCCGAAGCCGAACCUCCAGCCGUGGAAGUCAUGGUGAAGCAUUUUUAUAGGGAUCCCCACAGACAACCUAACAUAAUCGUUAUGCGAGCUUGGAUUUCCGUUCGUCACCAAGUCAUAAUGUCGACAUACAAUGGAAUCAUGAAAGCCCCUGGCCGAACCAACUGGGUGCAUCCGGUUCCCGUCUCCACUGGGCUAUGUUCGUUUACCUUUUGUGAACAGUAA